UGCGUUUAUUAUUUGUCUCACAAAUUCUAGAUUUUUGUAACCAUGUUUAGUAUGGCUUCACUGUGUAUGGAUUUGAUCAGUGAAAUAUUGUUCCUGUUACCUGUGAAGAGUCUGCUACGGUUCAGAAGUGUAUCAAAAUCAUGGUGUUCCUUGCUAAGUGAUCCAUAUUUUGUGAAAUCCCAUUUAGAGUGCAUCAAAAGUGAUUUCAAUCUUGUUUUUGAACUUGUUAAAUACAAUCGGUGGCCAUUCCAUAAGGAGCUUAGGUUGCAGGGUAUGGAUUCUCUUAAUUUUCUACCACAUGUCUAUGAUUACCCUUUUCAUAAGACCCAUGAUAAUGUUGUUUUAAGAGGUUCAUGUAAUGGGUUGAUUUGCUUUACCAAUUCUGAAUAUAACAUUGUUGUGGGGAACAUGUUGAUCAAUGAUUACCAUGUUAGGGAAGUUCCAUCUGAUAGAGAGUUUUUGAAUGGGGAGAAAAUCAGAGUCACAUAUGGAUUUGGUUAUGAUUCAAUCCAUGAUGAUUAUAAAGUGGUGAGAAUCCUUUCCCGUUCUCCUCAGGAUUCCAGUUGUUGCAAUAUGUAUGAAGUACUGGUUUAUAGCCUAAGUUAUGAUAGGUGGAGUGAAAUUGGAAUUGGAAAUACCCUUGCACCUUCAGUUACCCUUUAUGGUGGACUGGACCCUCCAAAUGGAGUGUUUCUUUGCACUGCUCUACAUUGGUUGGCAGAAUCACGUCUGCAGGAUGGCAGGAGAUACUAUUUUAUCCUUUCAUUUGACCUUUCAGCCGAGUAUUUUCACACAAUACCAUUGCCUUGUGACAUUCAAGUAGAGCAAGGAGGACGUUGCCUCAUAAUGAGUUCUCUUGGAGGUUGCCUUUGUGUAACAAGUAAAGAGAGUUUAGGUGUUAGAAUAUGGGUGAUGAGGAAUUACAUGGCGGAGUCAUCCUGGACUAAACUAUUUCUUAUCUCAAAUGUGUCAUUCUGUGAGGUUCUGAAGCCUCUAGGCUUUUCAAGUAGAGGUGAUAAAGUUCUGUUUCAGAGCAAAUCUAAAAAACUCUGUUGGUAUGAUUCAGAAAAACAAGAAUUUCAGAAUAUGAAGGUUGAUGGUAUGAAUACAGCAGAACUUUUUUUGAGUUCCAUGGUUUCAGUAAGUGCUUACAAGGCAACACGGUAGGGAGUGCAACAUCAAGGACUAAAAAAAGAUAAGCUUUUAA